AUGGAGCAAUUGCGGGAGAAGCCCUUGCCUCCCCUUCCUCCCCCGUCGCCGCCGCGCUCGCCUUCGCUGCCCCAGCGCCCGACAGCGAGCCCCAAUGCCCGCCACCAUCGCCAGCACCUGCAGCCGGACCCCAAUGUGUCCAGCAGCCUGAGCCAUCGCCGCACCGGGUCGGGCGCCUCAAGACCCGGCGACCAGUCCAGGAACUCGAGGCACAUUGGUGACUUUGAGUUCGUCGACGGCUCGCAGCUCCAGGUCGAGUCAUCCGAUUCCGACGACUUCCGGCCCACCAACCGCCGCCGUCCGGCACAGCACGGACGCUCAAUGAGCCACCCGUUCCCUUCGCUUUUCUCCGGCAUGAAGAAGAAGAAGGCGUCCCGUCCUGCUGCCGACGCCGGAGGCUCCCGCUUCCCCGACCCCAGAGCAAGCGACGACGACAGCGACGACUUGGCCCCCGGGCCAAAGGCCUCCGCCGGCCCAUCACACCCGAAACACGGCCAGACGGCGGGAAGUAAGGACCUCACCACAGGAAACUGCAUGACGUGCGGUUCCCUGGCGCGCUGGCCAAAGCAUCUCACCGUGUUCAGGUGCACGAUAUGCGUGACUGUAAACGAUCUCAAGCCAACCGAACUCGGGUCCAGGCCGACCGGAGACCCCAAACAUGACCGCCACGGCGAGAACGACCAGGGAUCCAUAUACGCACAGCCAGUCUCACUCGAACACACCAAACUGCUGGUCAGGUCCUGUUUGCGCGACGUUAUUGCGUCAUCCCUCCCCCGCCGCCCCGGCGCUGGCGCGAAUCUGGCAAGUCAGGGGCUGAUGCCUCCCCCAACCGAUAAUGGAUAUAACGGAGCAGUGUUCUGGGGUUCAGAGGCAGAAACACAGGACGGCCAUGGUGGGCGGCGUGUGUUCUCCAACCUUCAUACACCAGAGUUUGUAGAGAGCCCCCUCGAAGAGCCGGAUCCGUUCGAGUCGAUAGACAGGCACCGUCCGCCGAGGUCGUACUCCACAUCAUACACCGAUAAAAGACCAGUCGUCCAGGCGAUCCCCGGACAACCCAGCGGUUCAGCCUCGUAUGGGAUGAUGCCUGGUGGUGGCGGCGAGGUGGACCCAAGGAAAAUCUUCAAGGCCCUUGAGGACUACUUGACCACGUGCUUCGCGUCAUGGCGGUCCUUGAACUCGUCAUUUGGCGGUCCUAGACUGCCGAAUCCCACCUCUGUGGUAAGGAUCGAAGAGCCCCUUAGACGCGUUCGCGCGUCGGAUGCGCAGAGCCACAGAGGUAGCGGCUCGAGCUCAAGCCAGGCAGAUUGCCCAAUCGCUGAGCUAGAUCCCAAGCUGCUUCUUUUGGGAGAUUUUGCGGAAAACGGCAUGUGGUGGACCGGGGGGCAGGACGGUAGAUUUCCCGGUCGAACGCGGCCCGGGACGUCGUCGGGCAGGACCGAGGAUGCGCCUGUGCCUCCAACUCCUAGAUCGCUGAACAUAGAGUGGGCAGAGCUGGAGGAAUGGUACAGCACCAUUAUCAACGCUGGCCAGCCAUGGAGAGCCGUGUACGAUGGCAUGGUUGCUGCUGGGACGCUGCAGCCAGCGACGGAUGCCGCCCUCCGAAAACUCGAGGCACAGAUCCUGGUCGCUCAGGAGCACGCCCAAAGGUUACUGCUCAAGGCGACCGAAACGUUGCUCAAGCGACCUGGUCGACCCUUGGUCGAGCCGGCUGACCUUCGAUUCUUAUUGCUCAUAUUUGCGAACCCGCUGCUUUCAGCCAAGUGUCGCAUGUUCACGGGCCAUUACGGCCGUCCAGGUGGCAGAGAGUGGAACAACGCUCGCGGCGGCGGCGGGCCCGCGGCUGGUCAGCACUCGGGGAUAAUCAAGCGCAUCCUCGGCAUGGUCUCCAACUCGCCCACCGAGUGCCACAACCAGCUCAUCAACUGGCUUGCAAAGUACCCAGAACCUCGGUUCAUAGAAGCCAAGGACGUUGUGGGUGGGUUCCUGGCAUUCCGUCUGAUGCGGCAAAAGGACAAGAAACAAGAGUCCAGGGUCGACGUUACUGGUGGUCUCAUACCUAACAUGUCAGCCGGUCGCUCGGCCGCGGCUCUGCAUGCCGCCCUCGGACCGUCGGGCAGGCAAUCCAAGAAGGGAAAGGAAGCCGCCCAAAAGAUGGUUUUCAGUGACGACUGGCAGAUAAAAGCUGCUGCUCGUGUGAUGUCGCUCAUCUUUGCGGCAAACAACCUUCGCUCUCCUGCCCGGAAUCAGCGUGCUCUCUUGAGCGGGCAUGCCGGUGCCGAGAUUGACAGUGCCAAAGGGCUGGUUCACGCCCGCGGUCAACUUCUGCCGACCUCGGACUUCUACAUGACGCUCCUGGACGACUCGGACCUCAUGACGGACUUUGAGGCCUGGGAGAGCCGCAGGGGCAGGUUCUCGUUCUGCCAAUACCCCUUCCUCUUGAGCAUCUGGGCCAAGAUCCAAAUCCUAGAGCACGACGCCAAACGCCAGAUGAGCAAAAAGGCCAGGGAUGCCUUCUUCGACACUCUGAUGGGCCACGGCAUGUUUGAGCAGUAUUUAAACCUCACUGUUCGCCGAGACUGCCUUGUUGAGGAUAGCCUGAGGGCUGUCAGCGAGGUUAUCGGCAGCGGCGGCGAAGACAUCAAGAAGGGCAUCCGCAUCACUUUCAAGGGCGAGGAGGGCGUUGACGCGGGCGGCCUUCGGAAGGAGUGGUUUCUCCUCCUGGUGAGGGAGGUCUUCAACCCCGAUCAUGGCCUGUUUAUAUAUGAUGACGACUCGCAUUUUUGCUAUUUCAAUCCUUACUCGUUUGAGACGUCGGACCAAUACUUUCUAGUGGGCGUAGUGCUCGGCCUCGCUAUUUACAACUCAACCAUCCUGGACAUUGCGCUCCCGCCGUUUGCGUUCCGGAAACUGCUCGCGGCCGCGCCGAUGCCUGCCAAAUCGGCAUCGACCCACCCUAGAACUAUCAUGACCUACACACUCGAUGAUCUGGCAGAGUUCCGUCCCCGGCUCGCGCGGGGCCUAAGGCAGCUACUCGAGUACGACGGCGACGUGGAGUCGACUUUCUGCCUAGACUUUGUCGUGGAUGUGGACAAGUACGGGUCGAUCGAGAGGGUACCCUUGACGCCGGGUGGCGAAAACAAGGCGGUGACGAACUCGAACAGGAGGGAGUACGUGGAUCUCUACGUUAGGCAUCUCCUGGACACGGCCGUCUUCCGGCAGUUCGACCCGUUCAAGCGCGGGUUCUUCACGGUGUGCGGCGGGAACGCCCUCUCGCUGUUUAGACCCGAAGAGAUCGAGCUCCUGGUUAGAGGGUCUGCGGAGUCGCUCGACAUCAGCUCGCUGCGGACAGCGGCCGAAUACGACGGCUGGACGACGGACGCCGAGGACACGGAGCCGACGGUGCGCUGGUUCUGGGAGCUGCUCGAGGAGGCCAAUCCGGCGGAGCAACGCCAUCUGCUCGUCUUCGUCACGGGUAGCGACCGAAUCCCCGCCACGGGGGCAGCCUCGCUAGUGAUCCGGCUGCUCUGCCUCGGAGACGACUGCGAACGGUAUCCUACCGCUAGAACCUGCUUCAACACUCUGGCGCUCUGGCGGUAUCGUUCCAAGAAGAAGCUGGCUCGCAAGCUUUGGGAUGCGGUCCACGAGAGCGAGGGCUUUGGCCUAAAGUGA